GCCAGGCGAGCGCAGCCGGCAGGCGGGAAGGGGUGGGGAGCGCGCUCCUGCGGCGGCGGUGCUAGUCCCGGCAGCCCAGCGCUCCAGUGCUCGCCGGGCUCCGCAGAUGGCUUGCCCGGCUCUAGGUCUGGAAGCCCUUCAGCCCCUUCAGCCCGAGCCGCCCCCGGAGCCCGCCUUCACCGAGGCGCAGCAGUGGAUCGAGCAAGUCACUGGCCGAAGUUUUGGUGAUAAAGACUUCCGGACAGGGUUAGAAAAUGGAAUCCUUCUCUGCGAGUUGCUGAAUGCUAUAAAGCCAGGACUUGUUAAAAAGAUCAAUAGAUUGCCUACCCCUAUUGCAGGAUUGGACAAUAUCAUCUUAUUCUUGAGAGGUUGUAAAGAGCUCGGCCUUAAAGAAUCUCAACUCUUUGACCCCAGUGACCUCCAGGAUACGUCCAACAGGGUCACUGUCAAGAGCCUUGAUUACAGCAGGAAACUAAAAAAUGUGUUAGUGACCAUCUACUGGCUGGGGAAAGCUGCAAACAGCUGUGCGUCCUACAGUGGAACCACGCUGAACCUGAAGGAAUUUGAAGGGUUGUUGGCUCAGAUGCGAAAGGAGACCGAUGACAUUGAGAGCCCUAAACGCAGUAUCCGAGACAGUGGCUACAUUGACUGCUGGGACUCUGAGCGCAGCGAUUCCCUCUCCCCUCCUCGCCACGGCCGAGAUGACUCCUUCGACAGCCUGGAUUCUUUUGGCUCCCGCUCCAGGCAGACACCUUCACCAGAUGUAGUUCUCAGGGGAAGCAGCGAUGGAAGAGGAAGCGAUUCUGAGUCUGACUUGCCACAUCGGAAGUUGCCAGAUGUGAAGAAGGAUGACAUGUCUGCACGGCGGACUUCCCAUGGUGAGCCAAAAUCAGCAGUGCCUUUUAACCAGUACCUCCCGAAUAAAAGCAACCAGACCGCCUAUGUCCCAGCACCUCUGAGAAAGAAGAAGACUGAGCGGGAGGAUUACCGGAAGAGCUGGAGCAUGGCCACCUCCCCCCUCAGUGGGGAAAGGCCCUUCAGAUACGGUCCAAGAACUCCUGUGUCAGAUGACGCAGAGAGCACGAGUAUGUUUGACAUGCGGUGUGAGGAGGAGGCCGCGGUGCUGCCGCACAGCAGGGCCCGCCAGGAGCAGCUGCAGCUGAUAAAUAGCCAGCUGAGGGAAGAAGACGACAGAUGGCAAGAUGACCUGGCUCGUUGGAAGAGCCGUAGAAGAAGUGCUUCUCAGGACUUAAUCAAGAAAGAGGAAGAAAGGAAAAAAAUGGAGAAGUUGAUGUCUGGAGAAGAUGGAACAAGUGAACGAAGGAAAAGCAUCAAAACUUACAGAGAAAUUGUUCAAGAAAAAGAGCGGAGAGAGAGGGAGUUACAUGAGGCAUAUAAGAAUGCACGGUCCCAGGAGGAGGCGGAGGGGAUCCUUCAGCAGUACAUCGAGAGGUUCACCAUCAGUGAGGCUGUGCUCGAACGCUUGGAGAUGCCAAAAAUUCUGGAAAGAAGCCAUUCAACAGAGCCAAACUUAUCCUCCUUCCCGAACGACCCCAGCCCCAUGAAAUACCUACGGCAACAGUCACUGCCUCCACCCAAGUUCACUGCCACGGUUGAAACCACCAUUGCUCGUGCCAGUGUUCCAGAUACCGGCACAGCAGCAGGCAGUGGGUCUCCAAGCAAAACGGUCACUCCCAAAGCAGUGCCUAUGCUGACACCCAAGCCUUAUUCCCAGCCCAAAGACUCUCAAGAGGUUCUGAAGACCUUUAAGGUAGAUGGGAAAAUCAGCAUGAAUGGAGAAAUGGUCCACGGAGAUGAGGAAGAAAAGGAAAAAGAGGGUCCCACAGUGGCACCUGCCCCCUCCUUAAUCAAGUCCCAGAUGUUUGAAGGUGUGGCCACAGUGCAUGGCUCUCCCGUGGAGGUAAAACAAGACAGCAACAGCGUUGAGAUCAACAUCCAGAAGCCAAAUCCUGCUCUCCAGGAACUGAUGGAAACUGCUGAGGAAACUGAAUCGAAUAUCCAAGAAGAUGAGAAUGAAGAUGGAAGACCAAGGAAAGGGGAAGUGGAACUUGCCUCAUCAGAGCCACAGCAUUUUACAACAACUGUGACUCGGUGCAGCCCAACUGUGGCCUUUGUGGAGUUUUCUUCCAGCCCCCAGCCGAAGAAUGAGGUGCCAGAGGAACAAGAUCAGAAGCCAGAAAAUGAGAUGAGUGGGAAGGUGGAGCUGGUGCUGUCCCAAAAGGUGGUCAAGCCAAAAUCCCCAGAACCAGAAGCAACCUUGACAUAUCCAUUUCUUGACAAAAUGCCUGAAACAAACCAACUACAUUUGCCAAAUCUCAGUUCUCAAGCAGAUUCGCCAAGCAGUGAAAAGUCUCCUGUAACUACACCUUUUAAGUUCUGGGCUUGGGACCCGGAAGAGGAACGCAGGCGACAGGAAAAGUGGCAACAGGAGCAGGAGCGUUUGCUCCAGGAGAGGUACCAGAAAGAACAGGACAAGCUGAAGGAGGAGUGGGAAAGGGCCCAAAAGGAGGUGGAAGAGGAGGAACGCAGAUACUACGAGGAGGAGCGCAAAAUAAUUGAAGACACUGUGGUUCCAUUCACUGUUUCCUCAAGUUCUGCAGAUCAGCUUUCUACUUCCUCCUCUAUAACUGAGAGCAGCGGGACAAUGAAUAAGAGAGACUUGAAGAACUGUCAAGAUGAAGAAAAAGAGAGAAGACAGAAGAAACCUUUCCAGGGGGAUGACAGUGACUUCUUGCUCAAGGCUAGGGAAAGUGGUCCACCAGAGGAGGACAGCCUAACUCAAGGGCCCUCAGCUGUCUCUGAGAACCUCAUGUCAAAAGAAACCCAUCAGGACCAGCAGCCAGAGGCAGAAACUGGGGCCCCACUCUGUGGGACAAACCCACAGUUAGCUCAGGAUCCACCCCAGAAUCAGCAAGCAUCAAACCCACCAGCACACAUGUCAGAAGAUGUGAAGCCCAAAACCCUCCCACUGGAUAAAAGCAUUAAUCAUCAAAUUGAGUCUCCAAGUGAAAGGCGGAAGAAAAGCUCUCGAGAGAACUUCCAGGCUGGGCCCUUGUCCCCCUGUUCUCCCACCCCUCCUGGCCAGUCACCAAACAGGUACAAGAGGUCAAUAAGCGGGAAGAAGCUGUGCUCUUCCUGUGGGCUGGCGUUGGGUAAAGGAGCCGCGAUGAUCAUCGAGACCCUGAAUCUCUAUUUUCAUAUCCAGUGUUUCAGGUGUGGCAUUUGUAAAGGACAGCUUGGAGACGCAGUGAGUGGGACAGAUGUUAGGAUUCGCAAUGGUCUUCUCAACUGUACUGACUGCUACAUGCGAUCUAGAAGUGCUGGCCAACCUACAACACUGUGACAAGAUUUCUGAGCUUCCAGAUCACCGACAAUUUCUUUAUUAAGGGUGUCCUUUGGCAACUGCUUAAUUAAACCCCAAGGUCAGGGGCUUCUCAGCAUUCAUCUAAUUUCUGGAAGACUCUUCUACAAGGUGGUAUCUGUUCUUUGGUUUUGUAGCACAAAGUUUGUGCUUUUCCUGGUUUGAGGGGGUGGAGUUUGGUUUUUUCCCCCUGUGUAUGCACAAUAUAUACAAAAGAAUACUGAAUUGUCAUGAUCCUGAACAGUUUAAAAAAAAAAAAAAAGCUUAGUAUGAUCAAGGAGGCUUAUGGUUUAAAAUGUGAUAUUUUCUUUGGGAAAUAAUGAAAGGAUGCAAUAAACCAGUUGUUUUAGUAUUUCUAGGAAUUCAACACUUUAUGUUUACAGAACUGAGCUGUAGAAAGUGCAAGACAUGCCAAUUUGAGACAUGUGGUCUUCUAAAACAGGAGCAUAGGACUGAUGUGUUUCAGAAAAACGAAACUUCCCAGCGAGCUCUGUCUCUAAUCCAUAACUUGUUUUUAAUGCAAAGACACUAGUAUGAUAAUAUGUUGUAAUCCUGAAACAUUGUGUUACUUACCUUUUGGGACAGAAGUCAUACCAACAAAUUAUCGCACUGUUAGUAUUAGAUUUUGUGCACGCUGGAAGUAAUGUCAUUAGCACAGGUUGGUCCAUCAAAUAAAGAGAACCCUGCAAUAUCACUAGACUUACACUCUGGGAUAUUGCCCAAAGCCAGGAAGGAAUCAAAAGGAAAUAGUUUAGUCAUCAUUUCCAAAAUUACCAAAGUCUGAAGAACUUUAAUCUUCAAGGGUAGUGGAUCAGUAGUAGCCUUGAGGCCUGGGUUGCUUGCUUUGUCCAAGCACUAGAUAAGAGGUCUUUAAUAGGGGGCUUGAUUUGAGAAUGUGAGCAUUAGGCAUCGAGAACAGUCUAUCUUUAGGCAUGACUACUGCUCACCUUUGCCUGUAUGUUCUGGGGUGGGAGGGGUGAGUGUGAAGCCCAAGUAUCCAAAGAAGCAUUAACAGAACCUAGAUGACAUGUGGUAAACCCAGGACCUGAUUUGUACGGGGCAGCAACGUGCGGCCGACCGUGCUUAGCCCACUCUCGAGACCUUGUGCACCUUGGCUCUCCUUCCUCCAUCACCUUCUUUACUCUUGAGAAUCCUGGACCUUGUUCGUGGAGUUUAGAAAGGAACGUUUAUGGAGACCUGGUUUAUUUUCUGCCCUGUGUGAUCAAUUUCAGCUGGACAAGAAAGGAAUGACAUGACUAAGAACCAUCAGGAUUUAGAUCUCCGGGCUGUUUCCUUUAAGAUGGAGGAAAGGGGAACUAUUUAUUCUGCCUUAAAAUGAUGGCAAAUAAGUGAAGAUGACAUUUUGUGAAUGUAGACUAUGGGUAUACUCCUAAUAGGCUAAUGUAGGCAUAAAAAAGGUCAAGUAGAUGUUUUUCUGUUAUGUAAGCAAUAAUUGUGUGUGUCUUAGGGAGUAUGGCUAGCAAUUAUUUAUUUCCAUGCUAGAUGGUUCUUUGCAUGUGGGUUCCAUAUAGGUGCAGAAAUCUCCUCAGCUACUGGAGGUAUUUUGACCACUUUGUCAUUCGGACAAGCUGUUAUUGAAUUGAAAUUCACACAUCAUUUCAUUAAAAAUUGUGCCUUAGAAAAAUGCAAAGCUGUUGCACAUAAUGAUGAAUUAUGGAUGCAGAACACUGAAGAGAGACGAAGUCACUUUCAAGUUCCCACGACUUCUCACGGAGGUGUUUGCUGUUUUACAGGAGAAAAAUAAAAAGAUUUUAAAAGACAAAAAUAAAGGAAAAAUUUUAAAAAAGAAAAAGAAACAAGUUUUGAAAAAUGUAUAGAUCAAGUCCAAUAUUUUGGUGACGCACCUGCAUGUUUUAUUAACUAUUUUGAUAAUGUGGAUGAUCACACUUUGCAUGAUAUUAGAGUACUUUACCAGGAACAAUGCACAAAACAUGUACAAUAUGGUCAUUCAUAACCGACUUUUAUAAAAUACUUUUUACAUGUGCAACACCAUCCAUUAUGUAAGGAUUAUAUGAAUAUUGUGCAUUCUCUUCUGGUUUCACAAAGCCAUUUAUACAUAUUUCUUAGACUCAUUGUACACGUAUUGAAGCUAGGCUCGAGUCAAGAAAAAUAAAGCCCCAUUCUCCAAGUGCAGAAUGUGCUUUCCCAUAAUGAACACUAGUCACCAGCCCGGAAUAAUCUCCAACGUUUUCUAAAUUCUAAUUGCCAACUGUUUCUAUUUCUAUUUGAUUUAUAUUUCAUUUAGAGCCUGUUACAUGGCAGCUUCAGCAGACUCGAUCAUGUUGUUUCCCAAUGCAGCAUAAGAGAGUAUGAUCUAUUUCUUUUCAAAUAAUCUUUGAGAUCCCAGCUCGGAGCUCUGCUCUGUGGAGCUAUAAUAGAAAUGUGUUUGUUUAAAAAGCAGAUGAGGCAAGUGAAUGAUUGAUUGUCCCUGAGGAAGUUGAUCUGAUUUUUCCCCCUCAUACUCCAAAAGCUUGUCCCUUUUCUUUCCUAAGAAAAAAAAAUGGUGACCCUGUUUUUCACUAGCAAACUCUCAUGACCUCGCAUCAUUCUUUCUAUGUAGUGUUACUAACUGAAUACAUAUCCUAGUUAUCUGGACACAUUGUAAGAUUUAACAAGCUGAAAUGAUCCACCACCUAUGUGAGUCCAUCCAAAAGAUGUUACUGUUGUGGGUGGGCAAUGUUCUCUAUCAAUUACACUAACUUUCAUUUACAAUAUUUAUUCUAAAAAUGCCUCUGAGAAAUAGUAAAAAAUAAAAAUAAAAAGUUGUCUAAAAUGCAACAACUUUUAUAGUACAUGUACAUUUAUAAAUAAAAUACUCGUCAACUUUGAA